AUGUUGAAGCCCAUCAUUGCUUUUCUUAUUGUCUCUAUUCUCUCCCUCGUGUUCUUCCAUUCAUCAUAUGCAGGUUCGAGCUAUAAUGUGGUGAGUUUAGGAGCCAAAGCUGGUGGCGAAACUGACACAACCCAAGCGUUCCUCAAGGCAUGGGCUAGAGCUUGUGCGUCAGUCGGUUCAGCCAUGAUUUAUGUGCCACCCGGAAAAUAUUUGCUCAACCGUUCUGUCUUCGACGGGAAAGAUUGCAGGAAUAAUGACAUCAAAAUACGUAUAGAUGGAACGCUCAUGGCCCCAUCCGACUACCGUGUCCUUGGUAGCUCAGAUUACUGGCUUCGAUUCCAGGAUGUUAAUGGCGUUUCUAUCUACGGAGGGACCCUUGAUGGCCAAGGCUCUUCUUUGUGGGAUUGCAAAACUAGUGGGAAGAGUUGUCCCACAGGAGCCAAGUCUUUAACAUUUGAGAGCUCGAAGAACAUUGUGAUCAAUGGAUUGUCUUCCAUCAACAGCCAGUUAUUCCACAUUGUGAUCGACAAUUGCCGGAAUGUCAACAUGCGAGGAGUUAAGAUUGCAGCCUCAGGCGAUAGUCCAAAUACCGACGGCAUUCAUGUAGAAUCGUCGAUGGGCGUCACCAUCCUGAGCUCUAGCAUCAAGACCGGGGACGACAGCAUCUCCAUUGGCCCUGCUACAACAAACCUGUGGAUACAGAACGUUGAAUGUGGACCUGGACAUGGCAUCAGCAUUGGAAGUCUAGGCAAGAGCUUCAACGAAGUUGGAGUUCAAAAUGUGACAGUUAAAACCGUUACUUUGUCUGGUACUGAUAACGGGCUAAGGAUUAAGACAUGGGCAAGACCCAGUAAUGCAUUUGUGAAAGGAGUCCUUUUCGAAGACGCCAUCAUGAACAAUGUCAAAAACCCCAUCAUAAUUGACCAAAACUACUGCCCUCGUCAAAAGAAUUGCCCUAAUCAGGUUUCAGGGGUAAAAAUUAGCCAGGUGGCGUACAAAAACAUCCGUGGAACAUCGGCAACACAAAUUGCUGUGAAGUUUGACUGUAGCCCCAAGAAUCCAUGCACAGCGAUCACAGUCGAAGAUGUAAAGCUUACUUAUAAUAAUGCAAACCAAGCAGCAAAGUCAUCCUGUACAAAUGUAGGAGGAAAAGUUUCUGGUUUGGUUCAACCAACCAGUUGUCUGUAG